CUCGCCUUUCUUCACCAUUGGGAAAAGCUCUGAAAAUUCUCAUAAUAAGAUGGGCAGGACGACGACGACUUCUUCUUCUUCUUCUUCAUCCAUCCUCGUCGUUGUUGCAGCAUUAUUAUUCAUCAUCUUUAGCGACGGAAGCUGGACCGUCGUCGCGGAAAGUCCUCCCAACACGGACAAGGUUGCCUCUGGAUGCGGCCCGUUGGUCGACCACCGGCCCGAAACGAGAGCCCAAGCGUUGAGGUCCAUAAACCAUGCGAUUGAACAGGCCGCAACCGCGGCCCGCCGUAAUACCUCGUGGACUAGUGGGCCGUCGUCAAAAGUCGUCGCCUUUGCUAAUUGUUCCGUCGCGCUUACGGCGGCUGGUUGCAAAAAGUGUCUCAACGAGGCUCAGUUCAGGGUGAUUAACGUCGAGUGCCCGUACGUGUUUGGAGGCUGGAUCGAGCUUGUCGAUUGUAACGUGCGGGUGACAUCGCUUUAUGUUGAAGAUCAGCGGUAGAACCGCUAGAUCGAGCUGUCUCUCGUUAGUUCCAUGUAAUAAUGUGACUUAUAGUCACGAUAAGUGUCGAUAAUAAUGUUCUUAUUUAAAAUUAUUAUAGUAUAUUUAAUAUAAGCUUUGGUAAAAAAGUAAUAACAUGAUAGGCGCGCGGUUGGAACCCGCAAAGUGUAAUGAAAUAAACCGGUUCGAUCCGGGUGUAAUAAUAUUUUUUUUUAUUUUAAUAUUUCGUUUGGUCUGCUAUUACAUGAUUGUGGCGUUUUAUUUGAACGAUGACAACUAUGAAU